AUGUCAGGUGCUGACAGUUGUCAAGAGCUUGGCCAGAUGCUGCCUGCCCCCGAAGGUAUACCUUUUUUGCCGACUACCAUCGAGCCACAGACGCCGACUUCAUCUAGAUUUGAGAUUGUCCUCGGCUCGUCUACCCCUACGCAGAGAGUGACCGCUCCCCUCGGCGCCCCGUACGCGGCUGGCGGCGACAACGACAUCGCAUCAGACCUCUCACCACAAUUUCGCCGUCUAGCAGCACAAGCCGCCCAAACCGUGAGCCUCAGCAAGCCAGCCUCGCCAGCCGUCAGCAAGCCAGCCUCGUCAGCCGUCAGCAAGAUCAGCAACCACGCACCUGUCGCAAGAUCAUCGCCAGAAGCAGACACAGCAGCAGCAGCAGCCGGCAGACCCAUCCUCCACCCAGAAGGGCAGGCGCGGCCCGUCCAAAAGGCUAUCGUCCCAGUCUCGGCCGCGUCGUCGGCGAAGACGAAGCCGGCGCGCUCCAACCCAACGCCCGCCAGACCCGCACGCCGAAAGUGCGCCGAGCUGCACAACUUUGAGACGCUACGGCGGCAUGUGAGCGUCGUGCACGCGCGGACGGGACGGCAGAGGGUCUGUCAGUGGGCGCGGUGCAGGCAAGGCAGGCGCGAGUUUGCCACGGCGGAGGAGAUGCGCGCGCACUUGGAGGAGGUGCACAUGCCGCCCAUCGUGUGGCAGGCGGGCGAGGGCCCGGUUAUCACGGCGAAAAAGUACAUGGUGGAUGAUGCCACUGGGGAGUUGCCGCGAUAUCUCUUCGACAAGACGGGCAUGCAGGUCACGCCAUCGGUCAGGGACCAACAGCUGGAAGAUGCUCCGACGUAUAGGGCGAACAGGAAGAAGCUCAGGAUGCUUCUGCUGCUACGCGACCAGAACCUCACUAGCGAGGUCGAGAGUGGGGAGGACAGUGAACUCGAGGGUCCAGUGGCAUGA